AAAUUUGUACUACUACAGGAAGAAGAAGAAAAAACCACAUGACCAUUCCGUUGACUAAUUCGACUCCUCCCUCCCUCGCCUUGGUCAGUUGGUCAUCUCCGCCGGCUCAACGCGGGGGGCACGACCACCACCACCUCCACGGCCAACCUCUUCUUGUAUAGUCAAACCGCUCCCCUCCUCAUCCUCCUUCCUUGUAACCUUCGCAAGAGGAGGACCAGCAAGGCCCCAGCUUUUUCCCGUGUUCUUCUACUUCUUUCCCCGCCUCGCCUUCGUUCCGCCCGCCACCAAAUCUCUCGAGGCAGCGGAGUCCCGGGACGCCGUUCUUUUUCGUUGUGCUUUCUUGGGCUAUUGCUGCCGGCGGCCGGCGAUAUUCGCGAGGUCCGUUUGGGCGGCAGGUAGGUAGAGGCGGUUUUUUUCUUGGCGGCUGGUGGGAUGGAUAGCCACGCCGCCGGGUCGAGCUCCGGCGGAUCCGGGGAUGGCGCCGCGCAGGCUAGGAGGAACUCCAGGAAGCCCAAGUAUUCCAAGUUUACACAGCAGGAGCUUCCAGCUUGCAAGCCGAUUCUUACUCCAAAAUGGGUUAUUUCAGUAUUUGUUCUUGUUGGUGUGAUUUUUGUCCCAAUUGGUAUUGUUUCGCUGCGAUCUUCACGACAAGUUGUCGAGAUCGUUGAUCGGUAUGAUGAUGCAUGUGUCCCUGCUGGUGUGACUGACAAGCUUGCCUACAUCCGGAAUGAGAGUAUACCAAAAGCCUGCACAAGGAAUCUGACGAUUACAAAGGAUAUGAAACAGCCGAUUUUCGUGUAUUAUCAGCUGGAUGACUUUUACCAGAAUCACAGGAGGUAUGUCAAGAGCCGUAAUGAUGUACAGCUAAGAGAUAAAAGUAAGGCGAGUGAGACUAGCAAUUGUGAUCCUGAGGCCAAAACCGUAGAUGGAAAGCCAAUUGUGCCUUGUGGUCUUAUUGCAUGGAGCCUGUUCAAUGAUACAUAUAACCUCAUCCACAAUAAUGUAACCUUGAGAGUGGAUAAGAAUGACAUCUCAUGGAAGAGUGACAGAGACCACAAAUUCGGGAGUGAUGUCUUCCCAACAAACUUUCAGGAAGGACCUCUUAAAGGUGGAAAAACACUUGAUUCAAGUAUCCCGUUGAGUAAGCAAGAGGACCUUAUUGUUUGGAUGCGAACUGCAGCACUUCCAACAUUCAGAAAGCUGUAUGGUAGGAUAUAUGUUGAUCUCAAGGAAAACGAUACAAUUACAGUUCAAUUGGAGAACAACUACAACACCUAUAGCUUUAGUGGCAAGAAGAAGUUGGUGCUUUCUACUGCAACCUGGAUUGGUGGAAAGAAUGAUUUUCUGGGCCUUGCAUAUCUCACUGUUGGUGGAAUCUGCUUUUUCUUGGCAUUUGCAUUCACCUUGCUAUACUUGAUAAAACCAAGGAAAAUGGGAGAUAACAGCUACUUGUCAUGGAACAGAGCCACUUUAGGUCGCUGAUAUGCUUUGGAAGUUAAAUGUUACACAGGCAAACACCAAACAAUUCAGAUUAUGGUCCAAAUGUAUCUUGUACCAAAUAGAAAUUUUAUUCGUGAUCGUUGGUGUAGAAUAUAUACAAAGUAGGCAUGCGUGUACAAGUGACAACUUUGGAUCCACUCGUGCACAGAUUGUACAUUACAUUGAAACAAAUAGCUUUAUUUUCUACAAAACUGUAUAAUCAGAAGUCAGAAGUGAAUGUCAGUUCCAUGCUU